AUGGAGCUAAUGAGCUAUUCCUCGCAUCUCCUCCUUUAUUUAACACUAAUCCUCUCGUUAUCACCCCUCUCCCUCUCGCUUACGCUCACCCUCUCGCAUUCGUUCGAGCGUCUAAAGACCGAGCACUAUCGCCCAGAUCCUCCUGAGCCUGUGCUUUCUGGCUUCUUCGCUGUUUCCAUGCCUGUCAGAGUUGGAAUGCCACCAGGAUGGAAUUGGUCUUCGUCGGGGAAUGGGAAUAGAGAUUCUCUUCUCCCUUCUUUGCCGCGCUUAGCCUUUCUCCGGUCAGCUGAUAUAGACUCCCCCCAUUGGCACUUGUUUGGUGUAAAAGGAAGGACUCUGAUGACAUCGCACGUCGAGAAAGAAGCUGGCAGAGGGCAUAGUCUUGAUUCCGAAGCCGAAGGAGCAGGAGUAAGGAAGGACUUACCCAGUCAAAUUGCCCUACACGCUAGCGUGAAAGGGGGUUUUCCUCUUGGCCAAAGCCAUCCUGAGAAUCAAAGUAGGAAGGAGCUCUCUUACUUCAACAAGUACAGAAGUGCUGCAAAUGGCAAACCGAGUCUACUUCGGGGGAACCACCUGCUUUCCUACUGGAUUGGGAAUAAGCGACUCCUACACUGGUUGGAAGCAAAAGGGGAACUAGUGAAUUCAUCUCAGAUAGAUGACGCGGGGAAAGGAAUCAACUGCUGCUCCUGCUCUACUCUAAGAGAUUCGACUCCUCUACUCUUUAGUAGUCUCAUUUUUCUCUUCCCUCACAGAGGACUUGGGAGGAUUAUCCCAUUAGGAAGAAUAGCACUCGUAUUAGCUCCAAUGUCCGGAGUCCUUGGCUUUGUUGGCUUUAUAGCUGGCUUUGUAGCUGCUUUUCUUCUUCUUAUGCUUGAUAAGAAGGGCUCGGUCGGAAAAGUUAGAAUGAGGAAGGAGCCCAAUCUGAUAGAUAGAAUCACUGAUCGAAUCGGGAAUCGGGGUUUUUUCAUACUCCUACAAGGUACUACUUUCAUGGUGAUUAGUUUUAACCUCUAUGGCAGACUGAAAGCACAGAAGCUAAGGAUUGACAUGCCCCAGCUUCAAAGCAGAGGGGAAGAAGCUUUCAUUCGACAAAAGGAAGCAUCGGGGGAAGAUCUCAAUCAGGAACUGAUACGCUACCUGGAAAAGUAUCAAGCUUCAAUUGCAUCGAUCCUGCCUUGCUUUAGGUCAUAGAUCUGUUGCCAGUGUAGAUAGAAGGAAAGGAGUAAGGUUUAGGUUCGAUGCAAUUGACCCUCUCCGGUUGAGUGACUUCACUUCGAAAAGUUCUGUUAGUCUCACUUCUUCUCCUCUCCUUCUAUUCGAGCCACUUCGUGCCAAAGAAACUUCCUAUUCAGUUUAUCCAGUUCAUUGGACUGAACUUCGCUUCGCUUCGUUCGUACACUUCACUUCGGUUCGGUCUCGAUCUCUUGUCUUCGCGUUGCUCCGGUCACAGUCGCUCGGUGUAGUCUUAUCUUCGGUUCAGUCAGUAGCUCGCCUCAGUUUCAGUAGCUCGGAUCAGUCCAGCUCAUCGUCAUCGUACACUCGCUUGUCAGCUCUGACGCCUUCCCUUUCCUCGAAUGGUUAA